AUGGCACCCAUGGUGGAUUUCGGCAUCCCCGCAUCGCGCAGCUCGCCAGGCGCCUUCGGCGGCGGCGGCGGCGCCGGUCCGGUCUCAUCGUCAUCGUCCGGGCACGCAUCAUCGGCUGCGGCCGCUGCUGCCGGAAUCGCCGCACCCGGCUCGCCCUCGGCAGCGCUGCCGCCAUCGUCGGCGGCUUUCUCGUCGCAGCAUGGGCUGGGCGCCGGGCCCAGCACCACGCGGCCUCUCUCCGACCAGAUCGCUUCAAACUUCCCGCCCAGAUCCACGCCGAGCAUGGUAGUAGUGGCACCCAACGGACAUGCUCCAGCUGGCAUGCCAGAUCUUCACACGACCGCGGCGAGCCUCGGCGGCGGUGGCGAUAGCGGCAGCCCGGGUCGUUUGCUAGACCGGAGACCCAGCGUUCCGAGGAUCAACACCGUCCGCCCGCCGCCACCAGUCGAGGCGGCUUCGCGCAACGCCCUCUUCUUCUCGCCCACCAGCGCUCGGCCUCCAGGGUCGCGUCAUGCUCGCCACAGCUCUGGUUCGUCCCAGACCUUUGCCGCCUCUUCGUCCAUCUCUGGCAGCAUCGGCGGUGGAGGGGAAGGCGAGGCAGGUCCAGGCAGCAGCUUCUCUAUGGCAUCGCUUGACGAUGCCGCCAAUGCCUCGACGGCCACCGAUGACGCUGCAUUCAUUGACGGCGGCGGCGGCAUCGGGCAGGGGAGCAGCCGCUCGACGUAUCCGGCCGACCAGAGCCUCGCCACGCCCGCAUGCCAGCUGAGUUCGACUAGCUCGAUCCGUAGCCGGCGCAACUGGGACGAGUUUGAGGGCAAGCCCGUCUCGCCACUGCCUAGCCCCGCAGUCAUCGCCGACGACGAUGCUGAUCCCGAGGCUGGCAAGACGUCGAUGUUCGACCGACUUCUCUCGGCGGGAGCCGGCGGCCAGAGCCAGUUCGACAGCGCCACCAACGCCGCCUCGCCGUCGUCGUCCAUCGUUGGCUCCACCAGCGCUACAAGCACCGUCGAUCCUGACACGCCUAGCAAGACGUCGGCCUUCUUUGGCGCCUCGUGGUCCACGUACCCGCGCGCACCCACCACCCUGCCUCCGCCUCCUUCACGGCGCGACCGGGUUGUCAGCUCAUCCGACGCUGCAGAUACCGGCAGUGACAGCAACGGCGCCACCGCCGCCAGCGGCAGCGGCGGAUGGUCCAACCUUGCGCCAUCUUUGCGAGCCAUCUCGGCAGAUCAGACCGCUCGAGGAGCAGCGGCGGCAGCGGUCAGACGCACAGGCCACGGGCCCAGCGGGCGGGAUGGCCUCGAUAUCGAGCCUGGGACCAGCCGGGCAGCCGCUGCCGUGCCCGCUGCGAACGCACCUCGCACCAGCAACAGCGGUCCAAGCGACGAGCUUUCGCCACUCGCAGCUGCAGACGAACCACGUCGGCGGGGCGGGCGCUUCUCGCGGCAUACCCACGGCCCCUCGGAGAAUGCAUCCGACGGCAGCCUGGCGCCCAUCAUCGGCACGACAGGCGCGCUGGCCCCGGACCCGUCGCGAACAAAGGAUCCGUCGCCGAGCACGCCACGGCCAAAGUCGGCUUCGAGCAGCAGUGCCACUACCCUCACCGGCGCCACCGGCGCCACCGCUGCCAAGGAGCGGCGGAAUGCCGAGGAAGUGGCUGAGGAAGACGAAGAGGGCGACAUCGUCGGGCCGUACCGCAGUGAAAAGGUGCUCGGUGUGGGGGCGUUUAGCAAGGUCGUUCUCGGGCGCGCAGUCCGACCACGGCGAGGAGGAAGCGGCGGCAGGAGCACAACUGGCGCAGUGGUCCGCAACGGGACGCCGCCCGUCGACGAGCGGGUGGCGCUCAAGAUGCUGGACCGCGAGCCGUGCAGCCAGAACGAGCGGCUCAAGGUGAGCUGGGUGCGCGAGGUUGAAGUGCUCAAGCACAUCUCCCACCCCAACCUGGUCCGCUUCGUCGAGGCGUUCAGCACGCCGCUCCACCACACGCUGGUGCUCGAGCACGUGUCGGGCGGCGAGCUGUUUGAGCUGCUCGCGCAGCAUCACGAGCGCAUGGCGCAGCGCGAGUGGCUCGUCCGCCGGAUCUUCUGCGAGCUGGCCAACGCCGUCGGCUGGAUGCACAACGUCAAUCUCGUUCACCGCGACAUCAAGCUCGAGAAUAUCUUGCUGACGACGUCGCUGUUUCAGGCGACGGACCACGCGAGACCCGGCCUGCUGAAGCCGUCGCAGCUGCCGCAAGGCCCGCUGGUCAAGCUGACCGAUUUUGGCCUGUCGCGCUUCAUCGAUCCGCAACAGCCGUCGCUCGAGACGCGAUGCGGCUCGGAAGAGUAUGCCGCGCCCGAGCUCAUCAUCGGCAAGCGAUACGACGGGCGCAAGACGGAUGCCUGGGCGCUCGGCGUGGUCCUCUACGCCAUGCUGACGGGCAGCUUGCCCUUCCUCGAUGACCUCGCCAUGACGGCGAGGCUGCUGCGCCGCGACGCCACCAAGCGCUCCAGCGUGUGGGAGACAUGGGACGCCGAGUGGCUCCUGCGCGGCAGCUUCGCCACCGGUCUCGGCGGCGAGUCGAGCGCAGCGGGCGAGCAGGUCGAACUGCUCCCGGAUCCGCGCAGCCCACCGGGUCGAGCGUGGCUGGCCGAGCGCGCCCACAUUCGCGGCGGGCAGGUGAGCCAGGUGGCCUGCGACGACUGA